ACUUGAGAAAAAAAAAAGAGUACCAGAGAAAACCCACGUCUUUAAAUAGAUGUCUGAAAAGAAGAAGUGUGAAGUGGAAGGAGACACACAGAGACACAAAGCGAAACAAGGCAGGAGUGGACGUUAUUAGUGUUGAGUAAUAGAAGAGUGACAAACUAAUGCCAGCGAGAGACCACAAUUCCGUGGGAUAACACACACGGGAGAGACUUAAAAGCAUCCCAGUGAAGAAGAGGUGACAUCUUAAAAGGGACCAAAAAAACAGGCAUCCUUCGCUGUGAGGCGAAUGGACCAUAUCACCAGGCCAACAGUUACCUGGCAACCGUAAGCCGAGCGCUGCUCUCAGCCUGGACCGCAUACUGCUGCUCUGUCAGUGUGCGUUCACUGGCCACUACGUUAGGUAUACUUGCAUAACAAUGUGGCUUUUUAACGCUCAGUUUUGGUUGCUUGUCAGAGAGGUAGUCAUUUAUUAUGUAUAAUAUUGUGUGUGUCAUUUGUCGUGGUGCAUUGCAUCAUACCGAGAGAAGUCUAAAAAACAUUCUGACCCUCUCAUAAAGCUAAAUGAGGUUUGAGUAUGAUACUACUACCACGGAAAUACAUAUUUUGGUAAUCUUUGACCAUCAUACUUCAUCUUUUACCCAUUAUACUUCAUUCUUUACCAAUCAGCCAUCAUUCUUUACCCGUCAUACUUCAGUUUACCCUUCAUAUUAUACCCAUCUAACUUCAUUUUUUACCCAUUAUUCACUGUCUUUUAUCAUCAUACUUUAUUAUUUACCCAUCAUUUUUACCACAGUACUUCAUCCUUUCAUCAUCAAUUAAAUUUUACCAUCAUACUAUAUUAUUUAACAAGCAUCCAUCGUCCUUUACCAUCAUACUUAGGUGACAAAGCGGCAUCUUUUACCCAUCUUACUCCAUCCUUUGUCCAUCAUCCAUUAUUGUUUCCCGGUCAUAUUUCGUUGUUUACCAUCACGCUACAUCUUUGAUCUAUCUUUUACCCAUCAGAGUUCAUCCUUUACCCAUAAUCCAUUAUCUUUUACCAGUCAUACUUCAUCCUGUAGCGAUUAUCCAUCACCCUUUCCCCAUUGUCUUUUACCCACCAUACUUCAUCCUUUACCCACCACACUUCAUCGUUUACGCAUCAUCCGUCUUUUUUUACCCAUCAUUUGUCAUUUUUUUAGCCAUCCUCUAUCAUCAUUUACACAUAAUCCAUCCAUCCCUCCAUCUAUAACCCCUUAUCAAUCCAAUACGAAUGCUGUAACCCAAAUGUGGCUUCUUAGUUACAUUAUAAUAGGACUUUAAUAUAUACAUUAAGCAGGCAUUAAUACACACAUUAGUAACUUAAAACAUUCAAUCUGAGUAUUAUUAUCAUCUCUUUAGACUGUUCAGGUGUACAUCAUGAACGGACCAGAAAUUUAUCCUUGCGACAAUACAAAAAGAACCUGGUCUAUGCCAUCACCUUGUGAGGUUGGUUAAAAAAAAAUUGAUUAUUCAUGAGGUCAAAGUAGGCGGUCAGUCACAAAAAGACCACCACAGUGACUACCUUAGAGUUCAUUGAAAGUGAAGCAAGAGUGAUUCAGCUCGUACAGCUCAGCUCGUCCCGCUAACGCGACCCAACAGAAGCGGACGCACAACACACGAGGCAGGCCGGACUUCAAUGCGAGAUGAUAUGAAAGCGCUGCAGUCGGUGUCAGCAACUGACCGUGUAACUCAAUUCUUUCCUCUUGCUCGUCUUCAUCGUCCACCAAGUGCUGCAUUGUAAACUGCCUCUGCCCCUGCUGUGGCGUUUCGUAAUCGUUCAUACGAGGCUGGAUUUUUGUUCUGCCGCAUGUUCACGAUGCAGGUUACAUACAAUUGCCAAACCAUUAGCUACACCUUCUAGGAAUGGGCGUAAUAAUCGAUUCAUUACAUCAGUGAUUCUAAAAGUGUUGUACUGGGCUCCCUCUAUUGGUAUGCGAAAGAAUCACUGAAUUAAAUCAAACUGUGCAUAAUGUUACAGUGGCUUAAACUUUAUUUUUAGUACAGUAAAAUACAUUUUAAGUACAAUUGAGUUGUCUUUACCUUAAGUACAAUACAUUUGCAUGUAUUUUUUUUUUUAAGAAUUGCUUGUUUUCAAACAUUUAUUUAGGUACAACUGAUUUAACUUUCACUGUAUGUGAAUUACGUUUUAAUUGAAUCAUCAUUCAAGUAUAGUUUUUUUUUCAUGACUAAAUUUAAGUGCAGUGUCAAUGUUCAAACAUUUGAGAACCACUGCAGAUUGUGUGGAAUUGAUCAUAUCUUGAUGCAAGUGAGGUAAAAUGGAGGCACUACUGUUGAUCCAUUCUCAACAAGUUUGCGGUGUAAAGAAGCAAACACAUGACAUCAGCUACAAGAAAUUGAGCCCCAACCACGAUAUGGCACAACUGUUGGUAUGGAAACAGGAGACCAUUAAAAGAUACUGUAGGUUCUUCCAUCCUAUUAGGAAUAAUAUUGAGAAAAUGUAUUGCUUAUUGUUUAGUUUUGUCAAUCAAGGAAAUGUAGUCUAAUGCCCAUCCCUUAUCCUGGUGAAAUGCAACUCACUAAAAAAACUGUGAAUCAACAGUCAGUGUCAGAGCAACUUGCAUCUCUGGUUCUUUUUUCCCUUUUUUCUUUUAACUGAACCAGACGGUUUCAUUUCCUCACCGGGUCCAUACUACAGUUUGCAUCAGAGCGUGAUAGCUGAUGUGUAAUGCUUUAUUGUCUGUUCAUGGUACGCUGGCACACACAAAUAUGAUAUUUAAUUCAAGAGCUGCCUUUGCGAAGGUGAUAAUGCUUAAUUUUUGUGAAUAGUUGAACAAAUAGAAUGACUUUUGUGGCAUAAUAAGACUUCUGGAGACUCAGAGACUCACUCCAAAUCCUGACUGCAAAUAAAUGCCGCCUAUGCGAAGCCACCACUAGCUAAUUUAACUUUUUUACUCGGCUGUUUAAUGUCAUACUUCACCAGUGGGUAGGGACUCCAAUAGACUCAAGUAUUUGUAUACCAUACCAACAAAAAGUCAAUUUUCCAUAAUAGGUCCAUUUUUUUUUCUUCUUUUUACAUUAUUAUAUUACAUUAUUAUUUCUGAGUCCCACUCUCCUCCAUUGUCUUAUGGGGUUUCAUAGGGUUCAAUUUUGCUUUUUUCUUUGUAUUUGCUGCCACUGUUGGACAUUUUUUAAAACUCACCUUGAAACCCAUUUUUAUUGCUUGACUUUCGGCUCAGCAUGAGACUCUGCUCUUGCUUUAGUGUUUUAUUUGCUUUUAUUGUUUUUGAAUUUAUUGUUUUUUUUUUUUUAAAAACCUUUAGGUUAGAUUUUUAUUUUGGGUAUAUAACUGUUGACGUUUGUGCUCUAAAAUAAAGUUGAGUUACUAAAGUUGAGUUAAGUUAAAUACUAUCUUUGUAAAUGGAGAAUUUGUGAUAUAGGUUUUGUAUUGCAUCUCAUUAGAUUUGGAGGAACUAGGGUGUUGCCACUUCAGCAACUUCUCCAACCUCUUUAGUAAAGAGAUGAGCAACAUAGUAUCUAGUGUUUUCUUGUGGUGUUAUCAAAGACUUCUGAAGACUGAGACUAUCCAUGUCCAAACUGCAAAUGAAUGGCGCUCGCUCAAAGCCACCAAUGGCUAAUUUAACCACAUAACCUGAGUAUUACUAUCUUCAUACUGGGAACAUUUGUGACACAUUUCUUGUAUGUGGUCUCAUUCCAUUGUGCAUUUGUACCUAAUUUUGUGUCCCAGUCUGCUGGUCCAUUACGCCUAACAACGCCUUGAUAUUAUUGGCUUGGUACAAAGCAUUAGCAUGUCGCCGCAGGGUAUUAAGUGUACAGUGCUUGUUAUGAAAUAUCUAUAGACUGAUGUACAGUGAGGAGCAUUAGAGGGGGAGACAAGAGUGUGCAUAGAAGACUGUUAUUGGGUUACUAUAGCCAUGUAAACGGAUUAAAAGCUCCCAGCGAGCGAGCUAAAUGAUUCACUGCUGGAUUCAGACCCCCCACCCCCUAAUCAAAUAGGACUAUUAGGCACAAACUCAACAUCAUUCAUGGCCUUUUCCAGAGACAGACGAUUGGAAAAUAAGAAUGUGAUUUUUGUAUUUUCUAGCGGGUUUUUGCGCAUUGUGUGCAUUUUUUGUUUUUGUUUGCUGUUUCCUCCCGUCCAGGUCACCAGUCAUGGGGAACCUCAUUAAGGUCCUUGGCAAGGAUUUAGAGAACUGUCCUCAUUUUUUCCUGGACUUUGAAAGGGGCUCAUGGGAAACCUCCUGAAAGUGCUGGCUUGCGCCGAACUUGAGCAUGGCCCAAUAGUUUUCCUUGACUUUGAACACGCCCAGCCCACCGAGGCCGAGACAGCCGUGUGGAACCAGGUCAGCGCCGUACUGGAGGAGGCCCACGGGAUUCUGGCCGAGCUUCAGUCCUAUAACGGGGCCGGGCAGGAGAUACGAGAAGCCAUUCAGAACCCAGGUGACCUGGCUCUGCAGGAGAAGGCCUGGAACGCAGUCUGCCCCCUGGUGGCCAAGCUGAAGCGCUUCUACGAGUUCUCACUGCGCCUGGAAAACGCCCUGCGCAGCCUGCUGGAGGCGCUGACUAGCCCGCCCUACGCCCCCAUGCAGCACCUGGAAAGAGAGCAGGCCCUGGCCAAGCAGUUUGCAGAGAUUCUGCAUUUUACGCUCAGCUUUGAUGAACUCAAGAUGACAAAUCCAGCCAUUCAGAACGACUUCAGCUACUACAGGAGGACAAUUAGUAGGAACAGGCUGAACAACCAGCAGUUGGAAGCGGAAAAUGAGGUCAACAACGAGAUGGCCAACCGGAUGUCGCUUUUCUACGCCGAGGCCACGCCCAUGCUGAAGACCCUGAGCAAUGCCACCACCAAGUUUGUCUCAGAGAACAAGACCUUACCCAUCGAGGACACCACAGACUGUCUGAGUACCAUGGCCUGUGUGUGUCGUGUCAUGCUUGAGACCCCGGAGUACCGCUGCCGGUUCACCAACACGGACACCAUGUUGUUUUGCAUGAGGGUCAUGGUGGGCGUCAUCAUCCUCUACGACCACGUCCACCCCGUCGGGGCGUUCGCCAAGACCUCCAAAAUCGAUAUGAAGGGCUGCAUCAAGGUCCUGAAAGAGCAACCGUCCAACAGUGUGGAGGGACUUCUCAAUGCGCUGAGGUAUACGACACGACAUCUAAACGACGACAGCACCUCCAAACAGAUCCGGGCGCUGCUGCAAUGAGCGAGGGAGCCGGGGAUGGGCGUGCACUUCAAAAAGAAAAAAGAAAAAAAGGAGUGCAGAACGCCAACAAACGGGCACAUUUGUUCACGACAAAUAACUCCGGAUGACCAGAAUAAUAACUCGAAGAGGAAAAAGAAUUAUAUUUAUUCUCAGCUGUCCACCAUUCUGUCUCUUGUUUUGUAAAGUAAGAAAAUAGAGAUGAUACAAAAGCCAGAAAAUAAGAUAUAUUUAAAAAAAACAAAAACAAAAAAAAAAGAAGCCGCAGAUGAAAAAUAAGUAGAACUAACGACAAGAGAGGACGCUUUUAUUGCAAAUGUAGGCGUGGAUCGAUGCUAAGCUGACACUUAAUUCCUGCAGUAGUCUUGACAAGUAAUUUUGCACACCAUCUUUUUGUUCUUUCACUGGGCUGAUGUCAUAAACGCACAGUGGAGCAAUGUGAUGGACGCUCUCCGGAGAAUUGCUUUACAACAUUUGGAGUGUUGACCAUCAGAGCAGUGGAAGGAUAUAAUCAUUCGUUCUUUUCAAUCCAUUCCUUCAUGUUGCAGGCUUUUACUUGAACAACUUAGUUGAGUCUAUCUCUCCAUGGGUGCUAAUGUGCUUUUAGCUAUCACUGUGCUUACUCGUCAUCCAGCAGAGCACUUUGCAUUGUUCAAUCUUUCUUCAAAGUGCUGUUGUUUUUUUUUGAAAGCCUUAGCAAUGCUCUCUGCCUUUUCGGAAAAGUUGCGAGGAGGACAUGCAUCAACCGCUGUAUUAACCCUCCUGUUACAUUCGGUUCUCAGGGACAGCAAUCAUUUGACCUGGGGCGUUUGUAAAGGUUCAAAAGUGUCAGAAACCCUGCAAAAAUCUUGUUUGACACUUGUUGAAUUAUCCAAAAGUGUCAAAAAACAAAUAAAUCCCCCUAAAAACAUUGUUUCUAUCUCAAUAUUACCGAUACUACAACAAUUUUAAUCAAAGUUUAAUCAUUUACCUUUCACAGGUUAUCAUGUCAAUAAUGUUCCUGGGUCGAUUUGACCCAAGGACAUGUUGAAUUAUCCAGAAGUGUCAGAAACGAAACCAAAAACCCCAAUAAACAUUGCUUUUAUUUCAUUAUUAACUCCCCUCCUAAAACUAAAAACUUAUUGAUUUACCGCUCACAAAUCAUAAUGUAAAUAAUUUGGCUGGGUCACUCUGACCCACAAUAUGUUGAAUUAUACCAAAAAGUCAGAAACAAACAAAAUCCCAAUAAACAUAGCUUGUAUUUCAUGAACUUCAUUUCUAACAAGUCUAAUCAAAUUUUAAUCAUUUACGUUUUACAGAUUACAAUGUCAAUAAUGUUCCUGGGUCAAUCUGACCCUUGACAUGUUGAAUUAUCCAAACGUGUCAGAAACAAAAACAAAAAUCCCAAUAAUCAUUGCUCAUAUCUCAUUAUGAACUUCACUACGUACCAACAAUUUCAAUCAAAAGUUUCAUGAUAGACUUCUGACAGGUCAUAAUGUCAAAAAUGUUCCUGGGUCAAUUUGACCCAGGACAUGUUAAAUUAUCCAAACGUGCUGUAAACAAACAAAAAUCACAAACAUUUGUUAUCUCUCAUCAUUUAUUGAAUUAGUAAUCAUUGUGAUCAAGAUUUUCUCAAUUAGCUCUCACAGUUCAUCAUGUCAAAAACAUUCCUGAGUAAAAUUGGCCCAGGACAAGUUUAAUUAUUAGGUAUUAUAAUUAUUAACUAUUAGGAAAUAGUUUCGAUGUAUUUUUUUUCCAGUUUUAAUUUAGUAGGAUUUUAAACAAAACUAAUAAACUCAAAUUAGUAUAAUAUUCACGUUUCUGUUUUGUUCACACACACAUAUUUAUAUUUUAUAUAAUACAUUUAAGGGUAAAACUGAAAACUAAAACACCAUAAACCCUUUCAAAUUAUGGCAUGCCACAGUAUAUCCUAACAGGUUAAAAUUCCAAUUCAUGUUAAAACAAUUCCACAGUUUUACAUGGGGAAAACUACUUUUAACCCCCCAAAAACUUAAAAUGGGUCAGUUUGACCCAAAACAUAACAGGAGGGUUAAGUCAUUAUCAUUAAAUUAUUCACGCUCACCGGUUUCGAAGGGCAGACAUGCUUCAUCAAAUGUGACAUCAGGCAUCGAUGGCUGCAAGAAAAAAGGACAUUGUCAGUUAAGAGAUUUUUGUUUUAAUUUAUUUCAGCUUAAAGUCAGCCAAUAAGAGGCAUAUUCAAGCUAAAAUUGAGGAAUAAAAUGAGAGUUCAAAAAAUAAUUUCAAGCAGUGAUGUACGUUGGAUGUCUAUAGGCUUUUAGUCUACAUUGAUUUGAUCUUAAAUUUUAUUGA